CUGCAGCGCGCUGCUCUCGUCACUUUCAGCCUCAGCAGAAAUUCAGUGUUGGGUUAAAAGACACACACCAAGGUGUAGAACAGAGGUCAACAAUUCAAGGCUCCACUGUGCGUGACCACACAUCCAACUUAUUGUCGCAGGACUGAAGCAGGAUCAGCAUGGAGGAGCUAAAUGAUUUGAAUCCAGAAGAAAUUCCUGGAGUUAGAGAAGACCUGGAAAACGACACUGCUGCAGCAGCCGCAAGGAUUCAAGAAUACUUAGAAACACUAAAUAAUAUUCCACUAAAUAUCGCCAUCACAGGAGAAACUGGAUCUGGUAAAUCCACCUUUGUUAAUGCCCUCAGAGGGCUGUCCAAUGAUGAUGAGAAAGCUGCGCCUACUGGUAUUACAGAAGCAACCUUAGAGUGUACGCCAUAUCCCCAUCCAAACUAUCUCAAUGUUACUUUAUGGGAUAUUCCUGGAAUCGGCACCAGCAAGUUUCCAGCUGAAAAGUACCUGAAGCUUGUUGGAUUUGAGAAGUUUGACUUCUUCAUCAUCAUCUCAGGCAUUCGCUUUACAGAAAAUGACGUGAAACUUGUAAAAGAGAUUGAGAGGAUGGAGAAAAAGUUCUACUUUGUUCUCUCAAAAAUUGACAACGAUAUACGAGCUGAGAGAAGAGAGACAGACUUCAGUGAAGAGGAGACUCUUAAAGUAAUCAGAGAAGACUGCGUUCACAGAGUUGCACAGUUAGGCAUCGAGUCUCCAAAGGUCUUCCUGGUGUCUAGCUUUGAGCUCCACCUGUAUGACUUCCCUCUCUUGCAGCAGACCUUAGAGAGAGACCUUCCUAAGAACAAGAGGGACACUCUGCUGUUUGUCAUGCCCAACAUCAACCCAGAGAUCAUCAUCAAGAAGAAGGAAGCUUUUCAGAACAAAGUACAUUACUACGCUACUCUGUCUGCAAUUGGAUCAGCUGUUCCACUUCCUGGGCUUUCCAUGGUUGUUGAUCUUGCUGUGCUGGUUAGUGCUGUCACAGAAUAUGUUUUCGGGUUUGGUCUCAAUGUGUCAUCUCUGAAGAGACUUUCUGACCGAACAGGUGUGCCAUACGCUGAUCUGUGUGCUGUCAUCAAUUCACCACUGGCUGCAGCAGAAAUAACUAAAGAGCGCGUCCAGCAGGCACUGACCGAACUUAAACACAGAGUUACAAGAACUGCAGCAUCCAGAUAUAUUCCAAUUUUUGGAAUCCCAUUAGCAUUGAUUUUCUCUUUCAUCGAAAACUGCAAAUCUCUGGAAUUGAUCCUUGAUGAGCUUGCUGAUGAUGCUCAGAGGGUGUUCGAAAGAGCUUUAGUCUGAAUACAUCAGCGUGAAUUUGAAAGUAAAAGAUGAGUAAUGAAUCAUCAAAUAUAAAUAUACUGAAACCUGUAGCCCGUACAUAGCUUGUACACUCGCUACAGCUAUACCCUGUACAUACUUAUAGUAUACUCAUAACAUACCUUCAUACCAUGUAUAUUGUAACAUACCUAUAAUAGAGCUAUAUUCUGUAUUAUAUCUAUAUUACCGCUAAAGAACUUUCUGAAUGGAUGCAAACUGCAUUUCGUUGCCUUGUA